CGGUACAAUGACGCUCUGACAAAGAGAAUCAGCUCGAUGUGACGGUGCGGCGCGGGCCGCCAUUUCAAAGCCGAAUAAACGCGCGAGUUUUCUUGAUUUAAUAGACGGAUGCUUAUUUUUUUUUAGAUUACAGUGCAUAACACUUUAUAUUUUUAAGGCUCGUUGUUUUGAAGAGCUCUCAAUCUCAUAAGAUCAGCUGCUUAUAUCCCAGCAGGCUGUGCGAUGACGGAGGAGGUUCUGGCAUGUUAAGCUCGUCGUGUGGCGUCCAUGUGCUUGCCGAGGCGAGAGGCAUAAGGAAAACAUUUGACAUUGGCGCUUGAAUCUGGAUUUGGGUCAAAGAUGGAUGCCGAAGCGGAGCAGGUGGAGGAGACGACAGAAGUGAUGGAGGCCACAGAAACGCCCUCGCAAGAGGAGCCGUCGUCUGACAACAAGUUCAGGGGUCGUGGGAUGAAGUUUCGUGGCAGAGGUGGCCGGAUGGGCCGUGGGAUUCGUGGGGGACGUGGGAUGAUGAUGAUGAUGAAAGGCUUCAGACCCCCGGGUCACAUGAGAGGAAGAGGGCGCGACGGGUUUACCAAUGGAUUUGGACCCUUGAGGAGAGGCAUGGGAAGGACGUGGCCGUAUCCAGACAUGCGUGGCCGUCGAGGUCGAGGCGGGCCGAUGGGAAUGAACUUGGGUCCGCCGCCGCCACCGCCGCCUCCACCUCAUCACAUGCACAUGAGAGGACCUCCACCACACAUGCACAGGCACGGCCCGCCUCCCCCUCCCCCCCCGCCGGGACACCCGGCCUUCAGAGGACGGCCCCCACAUCCGAGGGGGCGGGGCAUGAUGCUGCCCGGUCCGCCCCGUUUCUUCCACCCCAGAGGUUACCACAACGGAUCGGCCCCUCCUCUGCCCCACCCGCCUCCAGGCAGGGGCCAGCGCUGGCCGGGGCCCCCUGGUGGCCGGAAGUUUUAACGCAACUAAAAUCUGUAGCGUUAAUGUCCACCGCUCAGACUCAUUUCUGUCCGAACAGACUCGCAGGUCCUUUUACUGUAACAAACACGCUACCUUUUUAUUUUUUUAUAUAUAUGUUACUUCAUUGGAGGAAAAAAUCCCGAAAAACAUUUAUAGGGAUAGUUCACCCAAAAAUGAGAAUUAGCCCAUGAUUUACUCGACCUCACUUUCUUCUUUCGGACGAACACUAUCGUAGUUAUAUUAAGAAAUGCCCUGGCUCUUCCAAGCUUUGGAAUGGGAUUAAAUGUGGUUUUGGAAGGUCAUCAAAGUGCGUCUAUCCAUGAUAAAAGUGCAUCUAUUCAUGAUACAAGUGCAUCUAUCCAUAUAGAUGCACUUUUAUGAUGGGUAGAUGCAUUUUGAUGGAUUUCCAAUAACAAAAACCCAUUGACUCCCAUUAUAAAGCUCGGAAGAGUCGGGGCAUUUCUUAACAUAACUCCCGAUAGUGUUGGUCUGAAAGAAGUCACCUUGGAUGGCUUGAGGUCGAGUAAAUCAUGGGCUAAUUGUCAUUUUUGGGUGAACUAUCCCUUUAAAAGCACUCUCACUCUGAGGAAGAGAAGGACACAACAUGUUCUUAAGUUGAUUUAAAUGAAGUGUUUUUACUCCCUAAGUGUUGUGUAUAGUCAGCGUGGUGCUAUUCCUGUGAGCCUUAAACAAUCCUGUUCCUUUACUCCAAGAGAACGAGUGAGACUUUAGAGAGCGAGAAGGACGACUUACUCCUCAAGCUUGUGUCGUUGAUAUUUCUGUACUCCUUGGACGUCUCAAAUAUGGCAUUUACCAAGCAGAUCCCUCAAUAUGUUCAUCUUCAUGUGUAGUGCUCAUGAAUUAAUAAUGAUUUAAUAUCAUAAAUGUGCAGCUACGUAAGUCAAGUGAGAAUAUUGCUGUUAAAGUAUUCAUGUUUCUUUUUUUUUUUGGUUGAAUGAUUGUUAAAAUCACAAAUACAUGGAUUCGUUUUUAACAUGACAGUAGAGUAGCGCUACGAUUUAUACUUCUUCUUUAAAUAAAUAUUUCCUUGCUUUUCUAUUUUAAGGCCAAGUAUUUGAUUCAAAAUAGUAAAAAGUAAAGCUAAAUCCCCUCUCUGUGUUGAGUUUUGAAGUGUUAUGGCACAUUCACGUAUUGUAACUGAUAAAGUCAUGUGGAUUUGUGAAUGUAAAUUGAACAGAUAACAGCUUUUGACUUAGUUUUGACAAACAAAACAAUAAAGUUAAGAUAAAAUGA